AUGAUAGAGGCUAUGUGGAAGUCAGUUUGCAACCACAUACAAGAUAUCUACGAGGAGCACAGUGAUCUCUACCUGGCAUGUGCCCAUGGCCCUUUGGACAACGAAGAGAGGGACAAAGAGUGGCUGCAACCUUGUAGGAAAUUUUGGAUUUUUUGUUCCACAAAUAAAUCCUUGCCAUUAAUAUCUUAUUUCUUUGUUUCCUAUUUAAUUUGCAGCAUCAAAGGUUUGUGAAAAGCUGACCGACAUCCUUUCAAGCAAGUCUCUACUGAAAGACAUCAAGAUGUUAUCGCUUUGCUAUCAAACCUCCUCUCUAGAAGCCCUGCAAAGUUUGGAUAUCAUAUUUGCUCCCAAGCACACGGCAUUUGCAUUCUUGGCUAUGCUUGCCAGGUAACAUGACCUUUGUUUUUAUGCUCCUAACUCUUCUUGACUCUUAUAGACAUUUCUGUUCGCGAGUAUAGUGUUUUUAUUCAGUAUAUGGUUUUCUUUUAUUUAGACUACUUUUGGCUGCGCUUCAUUAUAAUGAAAACAGUGACAGACUGCAAGCUGUAACUAAGGAAGGAAAGCCCUGUUACUCCAUCUGCUUUCCCAAGCAUAAAAAAGGGGAAUACUCUGUUCGCAAGGAGAAGACUGCUGCCACAUGUGGUAACUAUUACGAUGUGAAGUGCAUGCAGUCCAAAGUGCAAGGGAAAAAAAACAUACACCCUUUUUUUUUGGCAGGUUACACCAAGACUCUACUUAAUUUUCUAGUGCGAGAGUAUGAAGAGGAUCAAACUUCUUUAAAAAAUUCUAUCCAGGAUCUCAGGUAA